AAAGAAUACCAUCAUGUCACACAAUCUCCUCAAAGUUGUAGGCUACUUUCCCGACGACACGGCACGACAUGAUCAUGAGGGAUGUGACUACCACGCAAAUUGACGACAAUGUAGUAGGCCGAAUGCAUUUCUUCUUGUGAUGCCGUACCAGUAGUGGGCCACCAAUCGUUCUUAUCGGAGUUUGCGCACUAGGCACUUGCAUUGUCUAGCGGGUGACGGUUUCCGAGCGUACAGGAGCCGAGAGCUGAUUUCCCUUACGACGGGAAGGAGAUCAGAUCGAACAAAACGAGUACCCCUGGUCGUUGCGUGGCGGUCAGACACGCAGCAACAGUUGUCACGAUGUGUGAACUGAGAUGAGACGGCAGCGGGAGAGCGAAUGUUGCGGUGCUGCCGAGGCACGAAAGCGUUUCUCAUCACCUGGGACAGCCAGGGGAGCGUUACAUGUGUGUGAUCCCGGGAUCUCUGCGUCAUUUAGCAGGCCAGCCUUCUCCCGGCUGUCUGGAAGAGAGCCGAAUACAGCAGAUGCCCGGGCCGGCCAAUGAUCCGCUCAGCGGGGAAACGAGCUGUUGCAUCCGCAAACGGUCACGGUCGUAGCUGACGAGCCUGCGGAGUCGGGUGCAGACAGGCGCGAGGAAAGGCAGACGGGCGGGCCGAGAGACAGACACGAGCGAGGGGAGGGGGCGCCAGUCUGUUACGGCUCUCUCGACCCUUUGCGGAUCGAGCCGAGCCCACCAACCGUCGUUUGUUGGAUGGGGGGGAAGCAGAGCACGGCGGGGCGGACCCGGGCUGCUUUUACCGGCGUUUCGACGGAUGACAGCGCGGUGCCGCCGUCGGCCCACUUCGGCCACUACCGCUCGAGCGGCACCAUGGGCCUGCGCAGCCGCUCGGCGAGCUCUUUGGCCGCGAUUGGCAUCGAGCAAAGUCCCAACGUUCCCUUCGGAUUUUACACCCCCAGAGACACGGACUCUGAUCCAGCUGGAGGUGGGUCAGGGGGCAGUCCCGCUGCUUCUCACCGAACCGGCUAUCAGGACAGCAGAAGCGGACGGCCUCACGCGGAUGGGGUUCUCUAUCUUGGCUCCCGGGGGUCGCUGGCUGACUCCUUGCCCCUGCACAUCGCUCCCCGCUGGUUUAGCGCUCACAGCGGUAAGCGCGCUCUGAGAGCCGCUCGUUGUCGAUUCAAGUGUCCUGUCUGCUCCAAAGCUGUGGCGUCCAGUGAAAUGGAAGUUCACUUCAUCAUGUGUUUGAGCAAGCCUCGACUCUCAUACAAUGAUGAUGUGUUGGUGAGGGAUGCUGGCGAAUGUGUGAUCUGUCUUGAGGAACUGCAACAAGGAGACACCAUAGCCAGACUGCCGUGCCUCUGUAUCUACCACAAAAGCUGUAUAGACUCGUGGUUCGAGAUCAACCGGUCCUGCCCCGAACACCCUUCUGACUGACUGACCACUGGUCCACUAACAGUACUGUUCAAGGAUGGCUCAAGGUCAUCCGAGGGAUAUCUGGACACAAGGUGCAACCAAAUCAGAAGAAACCAUCAAAAUAUGAAUAUCAAAAUCAAAAUGUUACCCUUAGAAAAUAACUACUUGAAAUCAAAGCCAACCAAAAUAUUUGCCAUUUGCUCAUCAUGAGACCUUCCUUUCUGCCAGAGACCUAAUAUCAGCAAACAUACUGAAGACACCCCCAACAGUCCUUCAAAAGGCUUCACCUGUCUCAUCUCCCUCUGCAAACUUGUAUGUGGCCAGUAGCCUCCAUCAUAUGUGCAGGCCCUCCUUCGUCAGGAUCGAGUUCUCCCAGUAAUUUGUUGCUAGCCCUCCCAAUGGCCUUAACUUGGGAACAGAGAGGAAACAGAUGGACAAAAAAGACGACUUGAGUACAAAGGAGGAAGGAAUCAAAUCCCACCAGGAAGAGGGAACAGGAGUACAAGGAAAACCAGUUUGAAUCAAGAAGAAAAGAGUAACUUUUUCAAUAUUCAGUGAGCCACUUGUCUGUCAUCUCCUCAAUGACAUCAUAACAUUUCAGACUAAAGUCUGCUGCCAUUUGAUUUUUCCCUCUCUCCUUCUUCACUCUUUCUGGUCAGUUUGGUAAAUACUGUAAUGACGUGAAUGCUCCUUGUAUACUGAACUAAAGAGAUCUGAUGUGGAGAAAUGUCAACAGAAUAAAUGGAGCCAGGAUGGAGGCUAGGUCUGCCCGAGGAUCAGUCUGAGCAUGCUCUGUUCCCAUUUGAGGGAGGAUAAGAAAGUCCAGCAAUGAAGUACACUCUCUGACUGGGUAAUAUUUUUGGAGUAUUGUAAUGUCAGGCUUUUGUGCAUGUGUGAGUGAGUGUGAGGUCGGAGGCUAACUGGAAAAGUGCUCUGUGUGCCUGUGUUUUGGUUUGCAUUUUCAAAUGUUUACAGCCUAGAUGUUAAUAUUGCCCAUCUGUGACUGGCAGUCCUCCCUUUACUUUACUGAUGUUUACAGCUACUGAGAAGCUAUGUGGCUUAUUGUACACAUUGCAAAUGUACCUCUUUUCGUUUGUUUCUUUUUUUAGAUGAGCCUGAUUUUUCAUAUGGCAGUUUCUUUGUGAAAGCCUCAAGAGUAUGAGUGUCUCGAUGUGUGUCACUUUUUGUUAGUAUGAUUCACAGUGGACGACUAGCUAGCACUUCUGCCUCACUGUACUGAGGACUUGGGUUAAAAUCCAGACUCCCUGUGUGGAUGGAGUUUGCAUGUUUUUCCUCCGCCCGCAUGGGUGCUCCAGUUUCCUCUCACAUUCCGAAAACAUCCAUGGUGUGUUAAUUAAAAACUCUAAAUUGUCCGCAGGUGUGAAUGUGAGUGAAAAUGUUUGUUUGUUUAUAUGUGCCCUGCGAUUGCCUGGUGACCAGUUCAGGGAGUACCCUGCCUCAUGUCCGAUGACAGCUGAGACCCAACUGAAGAUAAGUGGUUCAGAAAAUGGAUGGACAGAUGUAUUCAUUUUGAUCUGUGCUACUGUUCCUGUUAGCAUAGGUCAGGCCAAGGUGGAAAUGCGAGCUACUUGAACCCAAACAUAGAUUCUGUGGUCCCAUCUUAGAUCUACUUAUAGGGGCUUAUUUACUUAUUUGUUUAGUAUUACUGUCAUGUGAGAUGUUACUCACUCUUCAGAAUGCAAAGAGCUGCUUUAUGAAGACUACUACAAAAGAAGACAUAAACAAAGCUACUGUAAACAAAUGGUGGAAUAAAUUGUGCUAGAUGACACUGUUGUUUGAUUCAUAUACCCUGACUUUCUCAGUAAAUAUCUUAUUUAUUUACAUGCUGAAAUUGUUAACACUGCCAUAUAAGCAGACAUUGAAUAAUAUGUGACAAGUGGAACGAACACAGAAGUGAAUACAGGGGAUUCCUGAUGGCAGCUACCCUAAUGUAUCAUAGUAUUUAACAUUAAUUUCCAUCUAAAUGUACAUUUUUUUUAAAUAACCGCAGUAAACCACA